AUGGGGUGUGUCGAGGCCUCCUCGGACUGUGUCGUCCCCUCUGACACGCAGGUGGUGGGCCUCUGCGACGUUGACCUAAAGUGUUUGGUGGACGAAGAGGAAAGUACGUGUUCGCCUUUCUCGAACCCGCCCGGCUUGAGGAACAGCGAAUCGAUAUUCUCUGACGAUCCGAAUUACUUGUGGUUCGUGAAGCAGCGCGCAGAGAUGUUGCGCGGCCCCUCUGUGAGCUCCAGGGGCAAUUUGUGUCGUUGCGCGAGCGAUGUUGAUAGCGACGCUGGCUCCACCUGCGUUAUGGUAAACAUUCAGCACGAUACCUGUGUCAACCUGUGCGACAACCCUUCGGACAUGUGGCAUGGCCUGAAGAUGUCCGACGGAACUCCUGUUGUCAUUCGCUCGAAACGUCCGCGUGCUAGGCGCUACGUCGGCAAGAAGUGUCGCGUUUUCGGCGCGGAGGGUGAGGCCACCUCCCGAACGGCAGCCGACGUCUCCCCUGCGGCCGCAAAUAAUGGCCUGUUCGCUGGCCUCAACGGUCCCAUCAAUUACGGCGCUGGUUUUUUGUCUCUACAGAAUUACGUCGGUCGCGGCAAUGGCGCGAGUGUGAUUUACCGCGUGAUGCAAGUUGAUGCCCGAUUAGCUCACAGCUCGCGACGUAAGGAAAUUAGGGUACGCCAACGUAGGCAACAUGUGCAGCAGCACCUGGCAAAGGCGCGUGGUAUAAUGUUUAAGCGAGGUACGGGGACCUCGGCGCGGUAA